AUGGCCGCUCUGGAAUUUGGUCGAGCCUCCAACACCCUGCAUCAAAGCGCUGAUGAAAAUCAGCCGCUAAUGCCUCUUGACCUAGCAACUGAGCAGGCAACUGCCCAAACCCUCCCGUGGGACGUGGAUGAGUACUUAUCUGAGUACUUAUCCAACUCGUCCAGUUCACCUGAGCUUCCUGAUUAUGUGCAAGCUUGCUACCCUUUCAACUACCUGCCGAGCCCUACAACAAUGCCAAACCACGACACCGACAUGUUCUCUUAUACCAACAGAACGAUUGAAGGUUCCUCUGCGAUAGACCAACGGGCUAUGUCAGCAACCCAAGCGGUUCAGGUCCCACAGAUGACCGAUAUCCAACUUCGAGCCGCUUUACGGAAGCCUAAGAACCGCCGAUACAAGGUGACCACGGACACACCAGCACACAUCCGAGAAUGCCAUCACCUCGCCGAGAAGCAGUACCGCACCCGACUCAAGGCGCAGUUCGAGAGUCUUCUAGCAGUGCUGCCGGCGUCCAGAACAAACACCCUAGCUGAUAGAGACAGCUCGCCAAGCUCAGGGCAGGUCUUGAGUAGGGGUCAAGUACUUGACCUUGCACGGGAGCGUAUUCUCGAGUUGGAAGAAGAGAUUGGAAUCAUGAGGAGCAUCACAUCUAAUGGAUAUCCCCUAGCGUGA